AUGGCUACAGGAUUGAAUUCCAAUUGUUCAUCGGUAAGCACGUAUACAUCCCAGGUGACUUCAAAAGAGAGGCCGACCACAGGCACAAGUCUGAAUGCUCAAUACAGCUUUCCAGCAAGUGCAAUUGGGGGCGGGCGAGAAGUCUCUAGCACAGUUUUACAUGCUGGUGGACUACACAAAUCUGUGACCAAUACCCUAAGGGAGCUGUUUCUCCCCGCAGGUUCUCCUCUACAGUGCAUAAAGCUUCUGAACGACAAGAAUAGAUUUGGAUUCCAUUAUCCUUUCAUCAAGUUCGGCCCACUUGUACUAGCAGAAAGCGCAUUAAAAUCAGUUGAUGGGGCCCUUGUAGCCGGAUGCCGAACCAAAGUUUCAUGGGCUUUCCAGACGCAACGCUCAAAAUCCAGCAACUUCCACGAUCUAUGUGUUGGCGACUUAUUGCCAGACCUGAAUGAUGAGAUGCUUGGCCGUUUCCUCACUAAGUACAGUUCUCUUGUUCAAGCAAAUGUGAUGUGGGACAUGAAAUCUGGCAGAUCGCGAGGAUACAGAUUUGUAUCAUUUCUGGAUAUUCAAGAUGCGAACAAGUGUCUUUAUGAGAUGAAUGGAGCUCCGGUCGGUGGACGGUCAAUAAGACUCAACAUAGCAAGUCGUAAAUUAGACCAUCAUCAUCCCUCAUCGAACUGCACGCAAUCUAUGCAUUCUGACUUUUCAAUUAUUCAACCACAUCCUUUGAGCAUCCCUUCCAUUAAUACUACCGACUAUUAUAAUACAAUAUACCACCGAAGCUCUUGGAAAAGGACUACUUACCUUGGAAAUUUAGUACGAUAUGUGACACAAGAAGCCCUCGUUUCUUCAUUGUAA